UGAUGUCGUUAGUUAAGAAUAAGAAGAAGUAAACUUUUUAGAAGUUAAUGGUAUUAUCUAAGUCAUUACAUUUUGACCGAUUUUGUUUUUGUGAGGUGUAGCAUUUUUCUGUUUAAUAGAAGUUGGUUCUUUAGCAUCUAAAGAGAACCCUAUUUAUUGCAUGAAAAAGACAAACGCGUUCCGGUCCAUCUGAAAUAUAGUUUAAGCUCUGAGUCUGGUGUCAUGGCGUGUACCACGGGCAGUGUGGUGGUACCUCGCAACUUCCGGCUGCUAGAAGAGCUGGAACAGGGUCAGCGUGGUGUGGGCGAUGGCACCAUUAGCUGGGGGCUGGAGAACGAUGACGACAUGACGCUUACACACUGGACUGGCAUGAUAAUUGGCCCCCCUAGGACACCAUAUGAAAAUCGCAUGUACAGUUUAAAAAUAGAAUGUGGAGCAAAGUACCCAGAUGAUGCACCUUCAGCACGAUUUGUGUCAAGAAUUAACAUGACCUGCGUUAACAAUUCUACUGGACUGGUUGACAACCGGCAAGUGCCAGUGCUGGCGAGAUGGCAGCGUGACUAUACGAUCAAGUCAGUUCUACAAGAGUUACGGAGACUGAUGACACUCAAGGACAACAUGAAGCUGUCGCAACCACCUGAGGGCAGCUCGUUCUAACAAGUCGCCGCCACCGGUUGGCGCUUAGCACCGGAAACCAGUUUUUGUUACCUUACUGGAGUAUUGCAUCCUACGUAUCUGCAUUGUAACCGAGCAGUAUAUUUUCUCUCACCAAAAUGUCAUAACAUCAUGUUCCUCAUGUUUUCCAAAUUCAUACCUUUGCCAAAAGCUAAACGUUAUUAUCACGCAAGGUAGUGAAUGACACUCAGCACUUUUUCACUUUCAUUUUUUAGUACAAAAUUUAUUCAUAAUAUUAAAAUGACUUGAGUUCUUUUGCUUAUAUCAUUUUGGAUAGUGUCAAAUUCAUUAAUUAAACAAAAUAAUGUUUGAUAGUUUUUCUAUCAAAAACAUUAUUUUUGCAGUCAGAGUAGUAAUCAUUGUUAAUUUGUACAAAAUCAUUUACAGAAAUUUGUUUAUGAUAGCACCACCACCCAGCUAUGUACUUGUGUUUUCAGUAGACAUGAAAACAAUAACUAUUUACAUUUGUAUAAUUUACAAAUCCAUUGAGCAGAUUGUACAUAUAUAUUUUUUUGUAAUUAAUGUCAUCUUUUAUUUAGGUUUUUUCAUGAAAGUGGAUUUUUUCUUUUGUGUUCUGUCCAUAAUACACAUUAAAAUAUUAACAUGCUUAACAUUUGUCCAAUUAUGUUAAUUACACAUUUUUAAAAUGUAUACAUUUUUUUACCUGAACAUAGUGCUGAGUAUUAAAAAAAGACAAAUGUUAAGUUGUAGUGAUCUGUGUAGGUUUUGCAAAAAAUAUCAUUCACUUUUUAGAAAGAAGAUGACUAAAAUCGUUCACCUCAUGUUAACAAACUAUUACUUAAGUCGGUAAUUUAAUAUGCAUAUAGAUAAGGUUGUUUGUGUAAUAAAUAUUAUUUGCUUACAUUCAAGUUAUGUUCAUCCUUAUUAUUAUGGAAUCCUAGAUUUAUCACAUAUGGUUCAACAAACUCAAGAGGUCUGUGAAUGAAGUCAUGCAUUUGUUUAUAUCUGUUUUAUUGAGAUGUUACAAGUAAAAUACCAUUCACAAGAAAUAGAAUUAAAAUAUUUUACUCUGUAUGGAUACAUUCCUGUUAGGUGUUAUUUUUUGGCUGAAACUUAAAGUACUAUAACAUUUAAUUCAUUUUACAGUAAUUUACAAUAUACAAUCUAUGAACUUAUAAUGAUAAACAUUUUUCCAAAAUACAGGACAGUUUUCAAUGUUAUACUGGUAUUGGAAUAUCAAGGGAUAAGUAAUUCAACUGUUUAGUUUUUAAUUGAAACUCAAUAUUUAAACAAAUAAAUUAAAAUGUAGUUUGUUGUAUAAGCAAUCAGCAUUUUCUUGGGAAUAAUAGAUAUUUAUUUAAAGAAAGGUAUUUGUAAAGGAUUAUAAUGAAAUGUGAAUAAUAAUUUUCUAUAACUUGUAAAUUGUCAAAACUAUGGCUUUCUUGUUCUAGAAUAUUCAGUUCUAUUAGUAAAGAAAAUAAAUUUUACUAUGUUGAA